CUCAGUCACGUGGCUCUCCUCGGUGAGUACUUGGCUCUCUUUGCUCCUCGACGGAGUGAGCGAGGUUGAGGCUGCGAUGUGAGAAGCAACUCGGGAGAGACUCGCGCGUAAAAGGCAAAGUUAUGGCACGUUCAUCCUCAGAGGAAAAGGUCCCGCAGCAGUCCCUCUCUGUCAAAAAGUCCCUCCUCGGCGAUGCGCACAUCCUUCUGGGACUCACAAACCCGGGGCGAGAAGACACCAAAUUACGCGUCAAAUUGAACUAAUUGAAUAUUGGGGCAGCACCGCGUCGAGGACUGAAGGAUAUUUCAGUUUGCAAAGUUGAGUUGGGCGAGGGCCACAAUGCAACAGGGCUGUGGAGUAAAGAUAACCAGCUCACAGCCACACACGGUGUAAAAAAUAAUCUUGUUGCAACCAUAGUUACAAGUGCCCCUCAACCAACGUGAGGAUGACACUCGGAGAGUCCUGAGUUUAAUCUCCAUCUCCAGAGGCUUCAGGCAUUCUACCAAAUCUGCAUUAACAGUUAAACAAAGGCAGCCAUGAACCUGUUCAGGAAGGAUGCCUCAAAGAAGGAGAAAGCUAAAGAAAUCAAUUAUGAGGAUCCUCCAGAUGGAGGUUGGGGCUGGAUGGUGGUGCUGCAUUGUUUCCUGGUAAACGUCCUGGUGAUGGGAACACUAAAGAGUUUUGGCAUCUUCUUUGUGGCUUUCCAAGAUGAGUUUGGAGGCUCAUCAGAAAGCAUCAGCUGGAUUGGUUCCAUCAUGUCCAGCUUACGUCUGUCGGGAGCGCCCAUUGCCUCUGUAGCCUGUGCCAAGCUAGGAACCAGGGUGACCUCCAUUGCUGGGGCGGUGCUGGUCAGUGGAGGGUUCAUCAUCAGUAUUUUUGCCAACAAUGUGGUAUACCUCUACGUGAGCAUGGGAGUCAUAGUCGGAAUUGGUUUUGCACUACUUUACCAAUCCUUCUCAGUUGUAACAGCGCUGUACUUCCGAAGGAGGUUGGCGACAGCGUAUGCGAUUGGGCGCUCCGGUAUGGGUUUGACUUUUGCCCUUGCUCCCUUGACCCAGUGGCUGUUGGACCGGUACGCUUGGCAAGGUGCAAUGCUGAUUCUUGGAGGGCUCAUGCUGAAUCUGGUAGCCACUGGGAUGCUCCUGCGACCAAUCUAUGUGAAGCCUCCAGUUUCAAACCCGAACUCUUGUCCAAUUCAAAAGAGCCCUUCUGCCUCCCUUAAGAGCUCCUCAGGGAAGGAAUACACCAAGAGCUGCUUGAAUGGCUCCUCUCACGUAUCCAAUGGCAUCUCCAAAACAGACUCAUUCCCAUUCCCUCCUCUUCCUCCUUCUCCUUCUCACGGGGAUACGGAGAACCCUCGGGGCCAAUGUACUCGAAGACUACAUGACCAGUCGGUGAAUCCUGAACUUACCGGACUUGUCCUCAAUGGUGUAAAUGGAGAGCAGCCCCAGGACUCGGGUCAGUGUAAACCCACAUCUCUAGACAUCUCAUCGGAGCACCACGGCAGCAUGAAUGGGUCCACCACUGUAGGAAUUCCUGUGCAUGCCAGCACUCCAAGGGAGGUGACCGUAAAGCAAACCAAAGUACUGGAUUUCUCCCUGCUAAAGGACCCAUUCUUUUGUAUCUACACUUGGUCCUUGGUCUUCAGCCAGUUGGCCUACUUCAUCCCCUAUUUCCACCUGUCUGCUCGAGCCAGAACCCUGGGCAUUAAUGCUAUGGAUGCUUCCUUCAUCAUCUCUGUGGCAGGAAUCACAGAGACCAUCGCCCAGCUGGCCUCAGGCUGGGUGACAGACAGGAACCUGUUCCAUAAAUACCACUACCACAAGGCCUACCUGAUCCUCUGUGGCCUGGUCAACCUGCUCUCCCCACUGGCAACCUCUUACUUCCUGCUGAUGGUUUACGCCGUCUUCUUUGCAGUCUUCUGCGGUGGAUACAUGGCCCUUCUCCUCCCCGUUCUAGUCGAUCUUGUGGGGUCAGAGAAACUCAACAACUCCAUGGGCUUCUCUAUGUUCUUCGUCGGCCUGGGUUGCCUGACAGGACCUCCUUUGGCAGGCUUCCUGUACGACUACACUCAGACAUACGACUGCUCUUUCUACUUGGCCGGGCUCUGCUAUCUGCUCUCCUCUGUCUCUCUGUUCCUGGAGCCGCUGGCUCAGCGCUGGAAGGCCAAGAACAAAGUGACCCGGACCAAGACAGCAGAAAGCAGCUGUAAGACCAACGGCUGCUUCACCCCCGACCGCCUGCAGAACGGCGCUGUGUAGGAAUGAAACCCAGGGAAAGGCCUUCGAUCCUGAACCAGCAUGCUCACAACUUGUCGUGGGCUUGCAUGCCUUGGACCUCGGACUCGAGCUUAAAGCGCGGACCCAAGUGACCCUUCAUUUCAGCGGGAGUGAACCGCGGGCUGAGGGGAAACCCCCGGUAACGUCUGAGAACAUGCAACGGUGGGGGCGGCGGCAGAUAUAUGUUUAUGUUGAACUAUUAAAGAGCCAAAACUGUAGUGUUCUGCUGAAUAUUUACUACUUAUUCUUGUUCUUAUCAGAGAAAGAUGCCCCCGAAACUAAGAAUAUAACUCAUCCGACAUAUUUUAAUGCUAGCUGCUUUGCAAUCAUAACAAUUCUCCAAUUACGCACCAAAACUGCAUUCACUGCAGAAUCCAAUUAUUUAGGUAUUAGCACUGCAAACAAAGCUACGCAGUUUAGCUUGAAAUUCUCUCUCCAGGAAUUCUCCUCCUAUUGUUUCUGUAAUGGCAUUUAUUCAGAAGCACAUAUCCAUGAUGAAUUACCUCUCAAUUGAUUUCUACGGAAGCCUGUGUCUGUAAACCUGUACUCACUGGUAUGCACUUUGGGCCAAGUCGUGAUUAUGCUGCAUGAUAUUUCUUCUGACCUCUAUGGCGGAUAAUUAAGUUACUGAGCAGCCACUUAAAGUGAAAAUGUGGCUUCUUUCACGUGGAUGUCUAGUCAGUUAAAUGUAGACAAUUGAAUUCCUCAGCGGCACCGAUAUAUGAGAGAGAAACUUGAUUUGUGCAGCUCACCGAGCCGUGCCGGCCGUGCCUUUUAUGCACCAGGGUGCGUUGCGCACGAGCUUCUGACUCAGCUUUCUGCGUCAGGUUAGAGUACAGCGAGUGAUGUAUUGCCUCCAACGGCUCCGUUUAACAUCCUCACUGAUUGGACAUCCACAACUUUCCCCUCUUAACUGCCUGCGUGACGUAAUGUGCAACCUGCUCAUCAAAGCCAAAAAGCAGCAAACGCCUCAGCACAAACGCCUCUGGCCCCAACUAGACCAUUGCAGACACAGGGAUGGAGUGUUAUGCGAUGAUACGCUGCCCACACUUUCCUGUUAACUAAACCAGCAUUACUAGACAUUCAAACCUCAACAUGUUGAGCUCAUUAAGGACGCCUGUGCUUCUGUUCUGAUUUCUUUCUGUCAGUUUCUCCCCGUAGAUUGUGAUGUGAUUUUUCUUUCAUAUUUAUUCAUACCUUCAUCUACUAUCACGUUUUGACACAUUUUACAGGGUUUGCAUCAGAUUUUUGCUUGCAAGCGAGCACACGUUUCUUUUGAAAUGAACUCUUCAGCAGUGACUAUUUCAAACCUACGGACAAGAAACUUGUUUCUUGCAUGGCUCAGUAAUCACUCCUUUUAACAACUUUUUUUUUUUUUUUUUACUGCAGAAAAGAAAACAGUCGCACCCAGCUCAUUGUCUGUGAACUUUUCUAUGCACACAGAUAGUCAUUGAUAGAUCUCACUCAUCAUCACAUCAUUCAACUGUUAACUGCAGAGAUACACUGAGUGAAGAAGCCUGUUUGGUCACAAUUCGGGUGCGAUUCCCAAACAUGUCGAUCACAGUAAGACUGCUGAUGAGCUCCGCUGAAGAGACGUGUUUUUUGUUCCAUUGUACGUGAUUUGAGUUUAGUUUUGUCUACCUUGAAUGUCUGUUAAUCUCCUGACUCAUUGUGUUACGAAGAGGUUUUUGCUGCUGUUUCCCAUUUAAACUGGAAUGAUAGAAAACUGUUGGCAAGCCUCUACAGUGCCUGCAGGCAGCCAGUAAUUGGUAUUGCAGUUUAAGAUUAUUUGGGGUUUAUGUUUGGGGGUAUGAUGGUUGUUUUUGCGUGUUCAGUUUAUUUCUUGUUUUUCACCACCGUUUGCCUUACACGGUACUGUGUUGUAUCUUUACUAACUUUCCUGUGAUGUCAGCCAAAGACACAUUAGACACCUACCUACAACUUGAAGCUUCAUGUUAGUCGAAAAUAGCUCGGACUGUCGAUAUAUAUAAUUAAAAUCCCAAUGUUCACCCAUUAUUGUCUUUUCGAGGUCUGAGGACAGAGCAGAAACGUGCUUUGUUACGCCGCCCUCUUGUGGCAAAGGACAGCCUCUACGCAAAGAAUGCUGCCUCAAUUAGUACCAAAUUAUUCCCCGUCGUCUCACUUUCACAAUACUGAGCAAGGCUCUUUGUAUUGUUUCAAUAACGACAGUCAUGCACAAAAGCUCUUUCGCCUCACGAGUUUCAUUCACACG